GUGUCGCGAAGUAAACACAGUCUAGUCGUUGUUGGCUCGCUGCCAUGUUCCACUCGACGGGAUUUUUCAGCGGGAUUCUCUGCCCGUUCUACGAGCACGGUCUCUGCCAUCGACCUUACUGCCACUACCGCCACAGCCGCAGAGAACGUCCUCCCCCUAGCAAACGACCGCAGCUGAAGACAAAAUACACCAAGUAUCCUCAGCCAUCAGUGCAGUCAGCCGGUGAACCAGGAACUGAGACUGCUUCUGUUUCUGUGGAGUCUGGAGAGAGGAAAGAGGAGGGGACGAGAGAUGAAGGACAGGUGCCUGCAGUGUUCAAUUUCUACGGAGCAAGCAAUGACACCGAGACUGGAGAGACCCGAAAUGAAUCCGGGGUGGAUAUCGGGACGGACAGUAUUGCCCAGGAGGAACCCGGGGCAGAAGUGGAGCUGCCCUGCUAUGCUCCCGAGGUCUGUCUGGAGACCGUGGUAGGGAUUAGGGACACAGAGGAAUUCAGCGAGAAGGAGGUUAAAGAACUCCCUCCACCCGAAAUCGAACCGGUGACUGUUGAGUUAAUAGCUGUUCCCGUGGAAACGGAGUUGGCUCUGCCCACCAAUGAUGACAUCACAGAGGCGGACAUAUUUGGCAGUACCGAUGACGAUACGCCAGACGGUGUGGCAGAGGAAGUGGUGGAGGAAGCAGAGGAAAUGGAGGAAGAGAGGGAGGGAGGAGGAGAGGUAGAGGAGAGAGAGGCAGGGGAAGAGAAGGAGGGUGAAAGAGGGGAAGAGGAGAGAAAAGAGGGAGAAGGAGCAGAAGUGGCGAUGAAGUUCCAACAAGCCAUUGAGACUCACUCUUCGACUACAGGCCGGAAGAGACCUUCAACUUCAGCAGUAAACUACCCUUCAACGGCACAGAAGAAGAAAAGAGUUGCUCUCCCAAAUGCGGAGCUCUACAGACAGAACUCCUCAAGUGUCGUCAAACGUGCACCGACCAUCACCUCUAAUUUUGCCGCCAGUCUUGACAAGGACUCCCUCUACAUGGGACGCAAGAGGAUGGCACUCAAAUUAAAGGCUGUCACAAUUGACCAAAAGUCGCCGACUGCCACCAGACCCACUAUACCUCUCAAAGCCAACUCCAAAGUCCCGACGAAACUCCGACAGAAAUACCUCGACUCCUACAUUGACGAGAUCCUGAAGGUGAACCUUGACCCCCGGCAGGCCUACGAGAAGGCGGAAAAGGAGGAGGCGGAGUUGUUUGAGAGAUGUUCGAGUCGAAUGACUUACUGCAGCAGAGCCACUCAGACCCUCCGGAGACUCAGGAAUGAAGCUAAAGAGUUUCUACAGAAGCAUAGAGAAACAUCUGACUCCAGAGUCCAGACCCACAACGAGAGUGGGCGGGGCUCCAAUCAGACCACGCCCACCAACAGACACCCAAAGAAGAAGCCCAAAAGCGAACCAGAGAAACUGAAUUGGAACACGAGAGAACGAAACCGUCAGAUCUGGGAAGUCCGCCUCUCCUCUCCCCCACCUCCCUCACUCCUCGACUGGUGGAGAGAUGCAAGAGCGUUGAGGUGAGAGUAAAGAAGUGUGUGUCAGGUGUCUCCGAAGAUGAGAGAGCUGGCCACUACACCACUGGCCGUGCAGACAACACUGACAGCUCCAUGACCCCCAGAGCUUUCUAUUCAACCAGCAGUAAGACUUCGACUGGUUUGACUGGUUCAACUGGUUUGACUAGUUCAACUGGUUCUAGCAGAGGAACCACUGAGAAGAGUAAGAAAAUGAGGGAGAGGUGAGGAAAGGGAAGGUUGUGAAGAAAAGUGGCGAGAUAUCGUCUCCCCCUGAAAUACGUUGUCAUCUCUAGCUCUUCCAGCGAGCCACUGUCGCCACUGAGCGAGAAAGUGAGGAAGAAGAUGAAGAGAAGACCAGGGAAACCUGUUGCGAAGAAAGAUGACAUAAUACUGCCUUCCUCAAAACCAGUUUUCGUUCCUGGUCCUUCAAGAGAGCCGCUAUCACCUCAGACAAUGGAGGAAGUCGUAGCUGGAGAAGAUAUUGAAGGAAGAGUGGGGAGAGGAGGGAACGAGGGAGAUUUAGACACAGAGCUGCUGAAGAUAGAUUUGUUUGGGGAAUCAGACUCAGACUGUGUGGCUCUGUCCAGCCCCUGUUCCAGCGGGGAGGAGGAGAUCAUGAACGUAUCGUUCGAGGAUGCUCUGAGAGGGACGGAGCUUGGCCGGGGGAGGAGAGGGAAGGGGUUGGAAGGAGCGAAGAAGAUUAAAGUUGCUCAGAGCGGGAAGAGGAAAGUUGCUCCGGAGAAGAGGGAGAGGGUGGGGAGCGGAGAGAUGAAGGAGAAAGGCAGACAGAGACUGGGGAGUGGUGAGGAGAAGAGAGAAGUAAAGAGGGUGAAAGUUCCUCUAACGAGACGCAGGGAACAGCGAAGAUCAUCGUCAAAUUCGGUGGACGAACCACCAGCAAAUUUCAAGCCAGACUCUAACUUGCUGGUCAACCUAUCAGACGUGGCAGCGGCAAAGGUCAACUCUCUGACCUCAUCCCUCCUCAGUCUCCAGCAACUCAGCACCGGAUCUGCCGCCAGAGGUGGAGCGAGGUCCUCUUCUUCUUCCUCUCUCCUCAAACCUUCCUGUACCGUCUUCAAGAAGGCGGCCGUCACACUCACAGCCCCCGUAUUUUACGCGCUAAUGGAGGCCUACUUGAUGACUCAAGAGCAGCUGGUCGAGAAUGGGUAUCCCAUGGCAACCGAGAAAGUGGGCGUGGCAGCAAUCAACUGGGGAGGGGAUCCCCCUCCUAUCAUACAGCCGGUGGGCUCUAACGCGAUGCGGCACAGGUGCUGUCGAUGUGGAAAGAAUUUCAUUAUCUACGACGACGGGAAAUACCAGACGGUUGAGGAAUGUAUUCAUCACUAUGGCCGACUCUUCAAGGUCAAAGAGUACGGGGAGGGGGUAGUGUCUCAGUACAGCUGCUGUAAUGAGAGAAGAGACUCUGGUGGCUGCCAGGUCGCAAAGUUUCACGUCACGGCCGGAGCCAAACCGAGGGAGAUAUCGGGCUACGUGAUCACCUCCUCUUCCUCCACCACCAACGAGACAGUGUAUGCAGUGGACUGCGAGAUGUGCUACACGACGGCCGGACUAGAGUUGACUCGAGUCUCGGUGGUGACAUGGAGCUACAGCCAGUGUAUGAGGCAAUUGUCUUACCUCCGAGACCCAUUGUGGACUAUAACACCAGGUUUAGCGGUCUGACGGCUGAGGACUUUGCCCCAGGGCAGACUGUCACUCUGGAGGAGGUGCAGAGGAAGAUGCUGGGUCUGGUGGGAGACGAUACCAUUCUGUUGGGACAUGGUCUGGAGAGUGACCUCAGAUCUCUCAAGAUAAUCCACGUGAGAGUGGUUGACACGGCAAUAGUGUUCCCUCAUCGCAGGGGCCCCCCUCUCAAGAGGGCUCUGAGGAACCUAAUGAAGGAUCAUCUCAACAAGAUCAUACAGGACGACGUCGACGGCGGUCAUGACAGUCUGGGAGGAUGCCAGAGCAUGUAUGGAGCUGAUGCUGUGGAAGACAAGAGGAGACCUUCAGAAGACCACCAGGAGAGGUGCCUCCUGACUCCACCCAUUACUCCUC